AUGUAAGAGACAUAUCUCAAGCCCUAUAAAAUCUGUAAAAUCCAGGAGCUUCCCCCUGGGUCCCUAAAGUGGCCCCAGACCCCCUGCCGCAUAAAGUUGCGCCCCCAACCGCAAUUCCUGGAUCCGCCCCUAUAUUGUGUUAAUAAUUGUAACAAUCAGUGUCUAAGGUAUAAAAAGUCUCUGAUAUAUAAACAAAUUUCUUUUGUAGAUACAAUAUUAAGAGGACUCAGAAAAGUACAGGAUAAUCAUAUAUUUUUGAAUAAUUUUUUCUUAUAUGUUUGUAUAAAGAAGUAUCAUUUCAUUGCCAAAACCACUGACCUCGAUCCAUGCAACUUCCAUUCUGUACAAUAUUUAGAAAGCGUGUCUAUACAAUAUUAUAGUUAAUUUUUGUCAAUUCGCAUGUUAUAUUGUUCUGAAUCCAAAACAGUUCUGGAAAUAAAUUAUAUUUUAUUCUAUUCUAUUUGAAUAAUUAUUUUCUAGAUAAUAUUGUAGAAAUCUAUUGAUUGGAUCAAAAAAUUUUAAAAUUUGAACAAAGUUUCUAUCGAUCCCUUCUUUUCCGUUAUUUAUUAUUUAUUGUAUCGGUCAAUCGAUCGACAGAAGGAAUUCGACAUAGCGUUCUAAUCAAGCCUAGGCAGGCCUGGAGAUCGAUUUGUUUAAACAUAAAUUUAUCAGUAUCAAUUAUGCAUAUAUUAUUUUUACCGACAAACUCUACAUUGCCACGUAGUUUUAAAAAUGUACUUUUUUGUUCAUAUAAUAUUUAUAAAUAAGUGCCUCUGAUGAGGACUCCCAUCUCUCGGUUCUCGAAUAGUCCUCAACGUCAGUGAUAUGUGGCCUGUACAUACAUGUGCGGUGGUGUUAAUUUCCACUCUGUCCUUUGCCCUUUAUUUCAAUGUGACGUAUGGUUACGCGUGGCUGGGAUACCCGAGUGCAAACCAUCAGAUCGGACAGAGAUACCUGCACGAAAAGGGGGUUGAAAAGCACAUAUUGAAAGCCAUGGAGCAUUUCAAAAAAGCUGCUGACCAGGGUCACCCUCACGCUGCUUACAAUUUGGCUAUCGGUCACCUGAAGGGGUACAAGUCUGGUCUCAAACCCGGUGAAGCCCACAUGCUGAUUCAACAUGCUGCAUCUAAAGGCGUGAAGGAAGCGCAUCAAGUGUUGAACGAGGUGUGCUCCAGAGGAGGCUGUAAAAACUAGUAAACGAUGGAGAGUUGAGGAAAAUCUUUGAUUCCCUCCCAAAUCAUAUGUAUCCGAUUCGGGAGCGGAUGAAAUAUUUUAUGUUAGUAAAAUUGGAUCGAAGUUAUUAGCAAUGAUGCACUAGUACUAAUAGAUACACUUUCGAGUUACUGCUGGACAAAGAUCAACAACGAAACAUGCUGGACCGAUAACUUAAAACUGCUGCGGUUUUAUUUUCCUACUUUGACAUAAAACAAUGUUCGUUUCCGAGACUGGCUCAUAUUUGUAUGUGAUAGCGCCACAGUCACAGGAGGCAGAACAGCGAAUCGUGAAUGACAGCUGUAUUUAUAUGACCUAAACAAGAAACAAUAGAUCCCCGGAAUAUAUGCCCAGUUUUGUUCUUUCGUGGGUUUUUUUUUUCUGCGGCAAAAGUAACUGUUGAUCUGCUGGAAACCAACAUGUAUAUAUCAUUCCGUCCAAAAAGCAAUAGUUUUUUUCUUUCUUUUUUAUAAUACACAUGUACAUUGUACUGUUUGCAUUUAUAAACAUAUUUUGUUAAAAUAAAGAUACUUAGUAAU